ACGCCAUCCAGAGCCCCUGCUGGUUUGGCCCGUCCGGCCAGUCCGGCUGCCCCUCCCCGAACCCCGUACCGCCCCGUCCGGUGGGGUGUCAAGCUGUAUGGAGGCCGGCUGAGGAGCGCUUCUCCAUCUCGGCUUCUCUCCUUAGUGCCGGGAACUGCCCAGCCAUGGAGGGGGAGGAGGAGCAGCCACCGCGAGAGGUCAGAUGUCUUGGCCAUGGGUGCCAGGAAGACCAGGGCAUACUUUCCGCCCAGACACUGCAGGCAGACACAGAACCCAUGAUGGCUUCAGGGGCUUCAGAAGUAGUGCCCCGGGUGCUUCCCGAAGAUUCCCAGAACCUGUGUGCGUGCCUCCCGAGAUCCCUACCUGCUGGGCGGGAAGGGUGGGCCGAUCCCCCCGCUGGUGAAAGCUCAGGCAGGGCGACCUACGGCUCUGGCGAAUGGCGCCCCGGGCUGGGCUUUGGGCUGCUGGGCCUCUCAAGAAGUGGGCGCAUCCCUGCCGGCCACAGAGCAGCGCUGACUGGGACGCUGGGGAGGGCUCCCUGGAGAACAGCUGAUGUGGAUGCUUUCAACCUGCUUCUGGAGAUGAAGCUGAAGCGGCGGCGGGAACAGCCCAAGCUGCCACCCACAGUGAUCCAGCUGGUGGCAGAGGAUGGGAGCAAGGUGUACGUGGUGGGCACGGCUCACUUCAGCAGUGACAGCAAAAAGGAUGUUGCAAGGACCAUCCGGGCAGUGCAGCCCGACGUGGUGGUGGUGGAGCUUUGCCAGUACCGCGUGGCUAUGCUGAAGAUGGAUGAACGCACACUGCUGCGGGAGGCCAGGGAUAUCAACCUGGAGAAGCUGCAGCAGGCUGUGAAGCAGAAUGGCGUCAUGUCAGGACUCAUGCAGAUGCUGCUGCUGAAGGUGUCGGCUCACAUCACUGAGCAGCUGGGCAUGGCCCCCGGUGGCGAGUUCAGGGAGGCCUUUAAGGAGGCCAGCAAGGUGCCUUUCUGCAAGUUCCACCUGGGUGACCGGCCCAUCCCCGUCACCUUCAAGAGGGCCAUUUCUGCGCUUACCUUCUGGCAGAAGGUCAAGCUAGUGUGGGGUCUGUGUUUCCUGUCAGACUCUAUCAGCAAGGAUGACGUGGAGCGGUGUAAGCAGAAGGACCUUCUGGAGCAAAUGAUGUCGGAGAUGAUCGGCGAGUUCCCGGACCUGCACCGCACUAUCGUGUCGGAGCGCGACAUCUACCUGACCUACAUGCUGAAGCAGGCGGCCCAGCGCUUCGAGCUGCCUCGCGCCUCUGAUGCAGAGCCCAGGACGUGUGUCCCCUCCGUGGUGGUGGCUGUCGUGGGCAUGGGCCAUGUCCCUGGCAUUGAGAAGAACUGGACCACCGAACUCAACAUCCAGGAGAUCAUGAGUGUUCCGCCGCCAUCCUUCUCCAGCAGAGUGUUCCGGAUGGCUGUGAAGGCUGCUUUCUUCGGCUUGGUGGGCUAUGGCCUGUAUUGGAUGGGGCGUCGCACCACCAGCCUGGUCCUGUCACUGCCGGUUGCCCAGUACUGCCUGCAGAAGGUGUCUGAAUUUCGGCCACACAAGUAGGAGAGACAGAGGGAGCUCCCACAUCGAGGGUCCACAUGUGGCUGCUUCCGGUCACAGCUGAGGUAUAUGGCCUGGCCCCUGAGGAACUCCUCCUAGGUGCCAGCCCCUGUGGGGGUCCAGGCCCAGCCUCACUUGCCCUCCCCCAACCCACCCAAAUAAAGAAUUAUUUAACUGCUCUGAGCUCAGGCUUCCCAGCAGCCCCUUCCCCCAGCCUAAAGGGCCAGCUGGGGGGAAGGGGCAGGGCGAGGGCCUGGGCUGGGGUCCCCUACCUCACUGCCUUCCCACCUGGUCCAGGAGUGGCCCCUGGGGUGUGUGCUGGCCAGCUUGUUUGGAAAGGGCUGAAUUAUCAUCCAGCCCUUCUGGAGGACUCCUGGGAGGCUUCCAACUUGCCCAGCCUGGCAGGCCCAGAUGUGCAUUGGCACCAGUUCUGCCUACAGAGAUUUUUGGCUUUAGAAAAUGUUGGAAAAAAAAAUUUUUACUCAGGUAAUUUUAACGUAAAAAAUUAAACUAAAGCAAAUGUCAGGAAAUACUAGCCUUAAAUCUGGUAGGAAAAGAGAAUAUCUCCGGAGGGUUUGGGAACCAUUUCCAUCCUGACAGGGUGAGCAUGUGGAGAGGGCCCUCUGGCAGUAGGGGCCAAACCAUCCUCCAGACACAGGGCCCCCCUCUGACCUCCUCACCCACCUUCUGUAGUGGGGAGUCCAAGGCUGUCCCAGGACAGUGGGGGUACACAUGUCUCCUAUCCACUCGGUGAGGAGCAGGGACACCUCAGCCCUUAGUGCGUGAGUGUGGUGUGUGUUUGCACGCAUUGAGUCAGAGGUGCCUGCCACCUCUCUGCGCCUCUCUGCCACCCUCAGGUGGAUAUAAUGCCUUGGCCGCAGGCCCCACUCACUGCCGUCCCCCACUGUCACUGGUGUGGCAUUCACUUGCCCCUGGCCUGUUUACAUACCACUGAUUGUGCAGCCCAACUGGGCCCAGAACCACAGCUGAUUGUGUUUGUGUUGACUUAACGUUGAACCAAAUCAAGUGAAACCACACCAUGAGCCGGGGGCGGGCAGCUUCGGGCUAGACCAUGUCCUUCCUGUCACUCACACACGUGUGUGUCCUUACUUUAGAAAGUGAAAUAAAGUAAUUUUGGACACUC